UCGUCUCUUACAGAUGAAGAGACGUCUGUCCAGGGUUGAUUGCAGAAAGGUUCACAUUGUGUCGUGAGACAGACAGACAGCACGUGCCCCUGACAGUGCGAAGCAAGACCAUCAGUCAACGCGCUCGUUUUUUGUUUAAACAGCUCUCUUUUCAACACAGCUAACAGUUAACUCGGCCUGCAUGUAUGGGAUGUAUUUUACAGGUCGAAUGAAGUAAAAAAAGAUGAGGCUGAUCUGAUCGAUGGUUAAAUUGCCUUGGAGAUAUUUACUUGUACACAAGGGUUCCUUUGAUCUUUGAAAGUACUUUAUGACAACCACAUCCGAUAUAUAUGUAACACUAGACUGAGGAGUCACAAUGGAAGUAAAACAUACCGGAAUGGAUAGGGAGAAUAAGUCAGUUACAAGAAGCAACGACGUAUACCAAGAAGACGAUGGAGAAAGCACACCUCUUCUGGGUAAAAGUGAUCAGCGCGUUCAGCUGUCCAAAUGGAAACCUUUGUCACAGCUGGUUGUUCUUGCAGUCGUGUACAUGUUAGGGUACUCCCCGUUGUCAACUUUAUUAAAUUUAGAAAGAAUAUUGUAUCCAGACAUAGGCAUCUAUGCUUUAGUGUGUAACUUUGGAGGAUCUAUAUGUUCCUUAGUGACUGCAUCAGUGAUUGCCAAACAUCUUGGGGCAAAGGGAUCUGUUCUUCUAGGCUGGGUUUGCCAAGCAGUAUUCAUUGCGGCACAUUUCUAUAUGGAACCUUAUGUCAUUCUGCCAGUUGCUUUCCUGGUUGGAAUAGGACACGCUCAGGCUUGGAUAACCAACGCUGUCUUUGUUACCGCGCUGGGUCUUCAGUACUCUGAAAUCACCGGCCGCCCUCAAGGUGAAGUCAUGGGCAUGUUCCAGGGAAUAUUCUUCGCAAUCUUUCAAUUUAAUGGCAUCUGGGGCAAUCUGAUCUCCGCUCUCGUGUUGAACAGCCCAGCAGACGACACAACUGGUAAUGGGAGCACCUCCCAUGCGCAAGGCGGGAACUUGAGCGCGCUUUGCGGAAGUAAUUUCUGUCCUUGGGAAGAUACAUCCGGGACGUACAUCACACAACCCGAUCAGUACGUGAUUUAUAUAAUCCUUGGGUGUUUCCUAGGAUUGGUGGGAUCGGCCUUUGUGAUAGCACUAUUAUUUUUGAAGGACGUGAAAUCAACGACAGGGGAUUCCCUUCACAGCUUAGGAGCUUUUCUGGUGACUGUUUGGCGACUGAUAUUUAAACGGAAGAUGGGUCUUAUUCUGCCAGCAUUUAUGUUCGUGGCAAUUGGGCAGACUAUGAUUCUCACGGAGUUUAUCACAGCUUUUGUAAGCUGCGAAAUUGGUAUACAAUACAAUGGCUGGACGGCCAUGUUCUACAGCGGAGGUCUAAUCUUGGGUUCGACCUUGACCUCUCGUCUCGUGAAGCACGUGGGCUGGGUAACCUUGUUUGUAUUCGCCGCCUGCUGUAACGCUGCGUGUCUGCUGAGUAUGCUGUUUUAUGAACCGUCUGGUUUUGAUUCACUGUGGUUCUACUUCCUGAUACCGUUUGUGUCUGCACUGGGAGACGCGCAGUGGCUUGCUACAGCAUCUGCUUACGUGGGCCACGUGUUUCCGGAUCAGAAGUGGCCUGUCUUUGUCACAGUGCGGAGUUUCAUCUAUGUAACGUUCUCGCUGGUGUAUGCUUACUCAAACUUUGCAUGUAUGGAUACAAAAGUAUACGUAAUGCUGGGAGUUGUAGGCAUGGCCCUUCUGCUGUCUAUUAUCUUUCUUGGGAUAACUAAAAAUUGGCAUAAAAGUCAAAACACACAAAAAAUUAAAUUUGUACAGAUGCCAUUUGACCUGAGGUUGGCCUGA